GUUUGAGUUUGAUGUAAUAGUGCUGCUUUUGUGUAACUCGGUGUCUUUGUAGCCCUGUGGACCGCAGAACUGCUCAGUUUUUCUGAUUUGCCAACGAGUUUGUUUUUGGCGACAUUGUUCGGUUUGCAGCUGAUCUUGACCUUAACUUACUUAUCACGGUCACUGAAUCAACGCCAACACCUUUGGCUGACCUGACCACUACGUCCCUUCGUGAUGUAUGCCUGUGCUAAGUUCGUCUCCACGCCCUCUCUGGUCCGUGCUGGAUCUCGGGCUCUGUACAGACCACUCUCUGCAGCAGUAGUCUCAGAUGCCAGGAAAGCAGAGACUGCUUCCCACCUGGCACCACAGAGUAUUGUAGCCUCCCAGCAGCAGGUGGCAGUGCGGGGAUUCCAGACCAGUGCUGUGAGCCGGGACAUCGACACUGCUGCAAAGUUCAUUGGAGCAGGAGCUGCCACUGUGGGAGUGGCUGGAUCUGGAGCUGGAAUUGGAACGGUGUUCGGUAGCCUUAUUAUUGGAUAUGCCAGGAACCCUUCUCUGAAGCAGCAGCUGUUCUCUUACGCGAUUUUGGGCUUUGCUCUGUCUGAAGCUAUGGGUCUUUUCUGUCUGAUGGUUGCAUUCCUUAUUCUGUUUGCCAUGUAAACCAGUUAAGCAUUUGCUCUAAAGUGAUACAUUACAAUGUUAACAAGAAUUAGCAGUUUGAGAUGCCCUUGAAUGGUACGAUGAUUUCAUCUUAUCGUGUUGCUUAUUCUUGUUCAUUGUGAACCCACAUAUGUAUGAAACUCAGGCAAACCCAAAAAUGUUUAAUGAUGGUUUUGCCAUUAUAUUGUAUAUUUAAUCAAAUGUUUUUGUUAACAAACACGCAAUCAGCAACAGAAGUAAAAUGUUUAACAUCUUAA